UCGACAUAGCGCUAGAGGGUCGACAUUCUCGUGUUGUUUAUUUUGAUUUGCUAUGAAAUUUUGUUAUGCUCUGAGGAAGUGUUUCUUUGAUUUAUUGCUGCUCUUAAAAUGGCAUACAGGAUUUUAACAAAUGACAUAAUUAUGUUGAACCAUAAAGCAUUCGUUGACAAUACUCUCGAGUCACAUAGAUUCCAUAAUUCGGAGAUACAAAGUGCCGUUAUGAAGCCAGAGCUUUUCCACAUUGUUGUACCAUACGAUGGAAAGCCGACCAGGGAUGAAGCCGGGGACAAACGGAAAUCAAGGAAACGGAAACGAGUGGAAGAUAAUCUUGAUGAAAUUACGCAAAAAGUUAAGGACAAGCACUUGGAGUAUUUAGGUCUACUUGGACUUACCGAAGGUGUAACUGAAGGUAGUAACAGCAUUGCACUAGAGUUCAUAGAUAAGUUUAACAGGAGUAGCUAUUAUGAUGUAGAUAACGUGUUUAGCGGUGCCAAUGAAUCUCAGUUCAUUGUGAAUACUGUUAUAAACAAUGAAGAUUUCAUCAUUCCAUCAAAUUGCCGGUUUUUCAAUACGGAUGUUAGGAAUUUGAGUGAUCACAUAACUAUCGAAGAUAGAUUUGAUCUCAUAGUUAUGGAUCCACCCUGGUGGAACAAGUACAUCCGACGGACAAAGGCCGUCAAUGAGCAAUCCGGCUAUCGUAUGUUGGACAACGAAAGCCUUAAAAGUAUACCACUUGAAAAUCAUAUUCACGAUAGGACGAUCGUUGCAAUUUGGUGCACAAACUCCCCAACUCACAUAAGCGCCAUCGAAGAACAGUUUUGUCCUAAAUGGAAUCUCAAACUUGUAGGCUCUUGGUUCUGGACCAAGGUUACCGAACAUGGCAUGCCUGUUUGUAGUUUUAACGAAACCACUAAAAAGCAGCCCUACGAAAGGCUGUUCAUUGCUGUGAGUAGCGAUAGCUCUAUCAAAAAUAUUCCGAGGGAGAGAUACAUCUUUAGCGUGCCAUGUGCGAUUCAUUCCAACAAACCGCCACUUCUAGAUUUAUUUGCUGAUCUACUUCCUGAGCGGCCAAAGUGUCUCGAAUUGUUUGCUAGAAAUGUUUAUCCGAACUUCACCUCGAUUGGAACGGAAGUCUUAAAACUACAAAAUAGUCGGCUAUUUCAGCUAUCGUUGAAACACGAGGUACAAUAA